CAAUCAAGCGAAAGGUUUGAUUUUAUUUUUGAUUCAUAGACGAUUAUUUACUAAAUAAUUAAAUAUAUUGUCUUUAAAAGAAUCUUAUAAUUGCACUUACUUAAAAAUGGAUAAACACAACAGUUCUGAAAUAUUAAAUUCAGAUUAUUCAUUAUCUAAAAACGCCAGUUCUGAUUCAUUGGAUUCAGACUCCAAAUCAAGUUCAUUGAAUUCUAAACACGGACAGGACUCCCCUCACGUAGUAGGCGAUAUUCAGUUCUUGGACAAUGAAAAGCUGAAGAAAAUUGCUCAGGAUGUUACUUACAUAUGUCCAUUUAAUGGGCCUAUUGGGGGUGUGUUGCAAGUCACCAACUACCAACUUAUUUUCAAGCCCAUAGAGCCAUCAGCUUUACAUAGCACUUUCAGUGUUCCUCUUGGUGUUAUAUCUCGAAUAGAAAAAGUUGGUGGUGCAUCUUCAAAGGGAGAAAAUUCAUAUGGUAUUGAAAUAUUUUGUAAGGACAUGCGUAACUUGCGCUUCGCACACAAGCAAGAGAACCAUUCUCGGCGUGGCAUAUUUACAUAUCUACAAAAUCACGCCUUUCCUCUGUCACAUGGACAGCCACUUUUUGCCUUCAGUUAUUCAGAGAAAUUCCCAGAAGAAGGCUGGCAUGUUUAUGACCCUAUUGCAGAGCUUCGAAGGAUGGGAGUGAAUAAUGACAUGUGGCGAAUAACGCGUAUCAAUGACAAGUAUGAAGUAUGUGACAGCUACCCUGCCAUUUGGGCCAUACCCACAGCGGCUACGGAUGAUCUUCUGCGGUCCGUGGCAGCGUAUCGUUCAAGAGGGCGGAUACCAGUUCUCUCAUGGAUACAUCCUAGUUCUCAAGCAACAAUUACUCGCUGCAGUCAGCCUUUGGUUGGGGUGAGUGGCAAAAGAAGUCGGGAAGACGAGCGAUACAUUCAACUUAUAAUGGAUGCUAAUGCUCAAGGGAACAAACUCUAUAUCAUGGAUGCCAGACCCAGUGCAAAUGCGAUUGCCAACAAAGCUAAAGGCGGCGGAUAUGAAUCGGAAGACGCGUAUCAGAAUGCUGAACUAGUGUUCUUGGAUAUUCACAACAUCCACGUGAUGCGUGAGAGUUUGCGCAAACUGAAGGAACUCUGUUUCCCACAAAUUGAUCAGACCAGAUGGUUUAGUGGCAUUGAAGCUAGUUGUUGGCUAAAACAUAUCAAGUGCAUAUUGGCUGGUGCAGUGCGCAUUGUUGAUAAGGUGGAGAACCAUAAGACAUCUGUACUUGUCCACUGCUCAGACGGCUGGGAUCGCACCGCCCAACUUACAGCGUUGGCUAUGCUCAUGUUGGACCCCUUCUACAGAACGCUGAGAGGGUUCGAAGUCCUUAUAGAGAAAGAGUGGUUAUCUUUUGGCCAUAAAUUCCAACUGCGUAUCGGACACGGCGACGAACGCCAUUCAGAUGCGGAUAGAUCCCCUGUUUUCGUACAGUGGGUGGAUUGCGUGUGGCAGCUCCAACAGCAGUUUCCCACCGCCUUCGAGUUCACCGAGAGGCUGCUCAUCACGAUCGUGGACCAUCUCUACUCGUGUCGGUUUGGCACCUUCCUCUUUAAUACGGAAAGAGAAAGAGUCAAAGAGGAAGUGAAAACAAAGACCGUGUCGCUCUGGUCUUACAUCAACAGUCACCACGAUCUUUACUUGAACCCUCUCUACUGGGGUCCGUCGUCCUUCGGGCCUAACUCGACCUAUUCCAGGCCUCAAGUGGUUCUUGUACCAAUCGCGUCGUUACGGGUCAUAAAGCUGUGGAAAGCGCUGUAUUGUAGGUGGAAUCCGACUAUGAGGCAACAGGACCCCAUAUACCAGCGGACUCGCGAGCUGGUAGCCCUGAGAGCUCAGUUGGAGGCUGCAGCGGCCGCCGCGGCCGGAGACCACGCGGCGAGGCAUCAUCGUCUCGGCUUGACUCCGCCCAGGGUCGCCAGUCCACACCACGUCUGAAACCGGUAACAAAGCAGCUGGACAUGGAACCUGAAUGAAAGGUCAUACUUUUCAUUACUUUAUGUAUAUUAUAAUAUAAAUAAGUUUUUUUGUUACUAUAAAAUGGCUUGUUCACAUAUAUUUUUUUAAUUUGUUGUAAACUUGAAUAGAUAAGUUUUAUUUUUAUUAUGUUACUAGUAGUAGGCCAUAUAACUAAAGAAGUAAAAGCCGCUGUUCGACUGGGCGACCGGUCUCGCAAGAUGAGAUGUUAGAAACUUUUUUAAAAGAAUUAAUCAAAACUUUAGAUUUAGGGUUACAUGUGCAAAUGUGAAAGAUAACAAAAUUUCCCAAACUGUAUAAGUGAUCCCUGAAAUUUGGACCCGACUGAGAUGGCAAUUAAGAACAUGCCGUGAUACAAAUAAAACAUUGACGUGAAUUUAUAUAACCGACCGCCUUUGUUUAUUAGUAACAGUAAAAAGGUAUUGCUAUAGCAGUAAAUUUAUUACAAUUGCAUUCAUUUACGAAUUCUACAUAUAUUUAGAUUUUUUUUUUAAAUUUAGAUGGAAUGUAUUAAGUUGGUUAAUUAUUAUUAAUACUCUGUGUGUGUAGAGAAAAUGCAAUAUGUUGGCUUGCCAAAUGUAAUUUAGUAGUUAUACAAAUGAUGAUUAAUAUUAUAUAUAAAUAAUUAUAAAAUCUAUAUAAAUAAUAUAAAGUAUUACUUUUAACUUUACAUUCUUAACAAUUAGUAAGAUAAGAAAGAAUUUAUAAGAAGAAAAGGAAACAAAAGUCUGUAGUUGUAUUGCAUUUAUUUAAGUAUCUAAUUAAUAAAUAUUUCAUCGUUUAACGAAA